GUGCGUGUCCACGGACCAUGCUAAUACGGUAUUUCCGGAGACGGCUAUAGACGGAGUGACGGCGGGAAAGAAAGCAAGAGAAAGGGCGAAGAAAGAAAAUGGUCGAUCGGAGGUUCGUCGUCCGCCAUAACGAUGAUCAGUUCUCCGUCGAAUUCGACACCGGCGAUGGUCUCGAGGUUCUCAAAUCCCAGAUCUUCUCGCUGACAUCCGUCCCUCCUGACGAUCAAAAGAUCUUGGCAGGGGAGGACAGUCUCCUCGUCACCGAAAGCUCUGAUCUUGAAGCUAUCUCGGAGAAACUCUGCUUGGUUUCGAUCCAAGCAGAAGAACAAAAGCCGGAAUCGGUUUGGAAUCAAGAGGAAUCCGAUGAAAAAUUGGCCCGACGCUUGCAGGCAGAAGAGGAGGCGCUGUUCUUCCAGCAGUAUACCGCUAGUGGUAGUGGAGAGGAGUUUAAGAAUAGGGUUCAGCCGUAUGUCCAACAGGUUCUUAUGUAUGAGGACCCGGUACGCCAAGAGGCUGCCCGUAAGUCAGUUCCUAUUGAUGAGAUUGAGGAGAAGGCAUUAGUCUCUCUGGCCAAGGAGGGGAACUUCAGUCCUUCAAAAGAUGAGAAAGAUUUUGCCUUCUUGCUUCAACUACUAUUCUGGUUCAAGCAAUCAUUCAGGUGGGUUAAUUCACCGCCUUGUGAUAACUGUGGUGGUGGAACCAAUAAUAUUGGCAUGGGUACUGCACUUCCUUCUGAGAUUAAAUUUGGUGGUACUCGUGUUGAGCUUUAUAGGUGCAAUUUUUGUUCGAGCAUUACUCGUUUUCCUCGAUAUAAUGAUCCAUUAAAGCUUCUAGAAACAAGGAGAGGGCGUUGUGGAGAGUGGGCUAAUUGCUUUACACUCUAUUGUCGAGCUUUUGGUUAUGAAUCUCGUCUGAUAUUGGACUUCACUGAUCAUGUCUGGACAGAGUGUUUUUCGCAUUUCUUAGGGAGGUGGAUGCAUCUUGACCCAUGUGAAGGACUAUAUGAUAAUCCACUGUUAUACGAAAAGGGCUGGAAUAAGAAGCUGAAUUACAUAAUUGCUAUUGCAAAGGAUGGAGUUUAUGAUGUCACAAAACGUUACACAAGGAAGUGGCAUGAGGUCCUGUCUCGACGUAACAUUACAACAGAAGCAUCUGCCUCUGCUAUUCUUUCUUCUAUAACAAAAGAAUGCCGUGCUGGAUAUUCAUUUGAAGCACUUUCGGUGCUGGAAUAUCGUGACAAGAUAGAAGCAGAGGAACUUGAGAGAGGGAUCCAUCUUCAGAUUGAUGCUUCAAUAUCAUUACCUGGGAGGCAAAGUGGGGAUGUUGAAUGGCGAAAAGCAAGAUCUGAAUUGGGUUCUAAUGAAAAUAAUUCAUAUACCCAUUCUUCUUGCCCAGUCCGAAUAUGUGUAGAUGCUCAUGUUAGAAACAUCUACAAUGCUUUUGUUCUUCUUUUAACCCACUUUCUUGAUAAUGAUCUUCCAAAAGCUAAAACUGUUGAAGUCCUAGAGAUGCUUAAAAGAUUGCUACUGGAUCUUAGAAAUAUCUCUUUCAGGCAACGGCGAUCUUUCUUAAAUCAAAAUGCAUUCCAGUUUUCUGAGAAGAUGAUGCACUGCCUUCAAGAAUUGUUUUCUGCCAUAUCCUUAAAGGGGGAGUUGGAGAAUGAUGGAAAGGUUUGCAUUUCCUUAGCUGGUGAUCCAGUUCACACUUCUAUAGCUUUACCGGUGGCUAUAGAUGUGGUUGAUGAAAUAAUUGAUAAUUAUAAAUCUGCCAACUUUUCUGCAAAAGAUGUACAAUUUCCCAAAGUCAAUCGAUUAUGUUCUGGCAGAGUUCUUGCAAGUGGCGAAGAACUUCCUAUUGGAAUUGCUACAUCAGCAUUUGAUGGUAUUCGUUUGUCUAAAUGGGAAGAACCAAAUGGAGCGAAAGGUUGCUGGCUAAUAUACAAAGUAAUCGAUGACCAGAUGUAUGAUCUUGAGUCAUAUGAUCUAACAUCAGCCAAUGACGCUUCAGAAAGAGAUCCAAUGGACUGGAAAUGGAAGAGAAGGAUAAAAUGUUGAAGGAAGGAAAACACGGACCAGAUAGAAUAUUUGAUGCCAUGUGCAAAGAGAUGGCUGACAACAAGGUACAUCAUCUCUAUAUCAAGUUCUGUAUCGGUGCCACCCUAUCACUAUGUUGGUACAUCUAGUGUGGUAGGCCAGUUUGGCAUAUUGAGUACCGGUAUGUCCCUGUACCAUGUAUUGGUACCGAGCUUGUACAGUAUGAUAUGCUACCAUCUGGUUCGGUGUAGUAUGAUGUAACUUGGCUGACAAUAUUAAGAAAAUAGUUAUAAAGGUAUUAGGAGAAUCAAGGAAAAAAGGGCCAUCCAAUAAGAAAAUUUAAUGGUGAAAUGAGAAAGUUCAAUUGGUGGUUAAAACUAAAAGAGAGUUCUAUAGAAGGUUACCUAAAUAUAGGAAUAGAGAAGUAUAUGAAAGCCAUAAGGUGGCUAAGAAGUUAGAUAGGAAGCUGUUACGGGAAGCAAGAUUCAACACAUAUGAAGAGUUAAAUUAUAAUUUAGAAACUAAGGAUGGGGAGAAAGGUAUCUGUUAGAUUGCAAGAUAGAGAAAGGAAAACUAGAGACUUGAUUCAGAUUAAAUGCAUCAAAGAUGAAGAUUAAAAAAUUUUGGUUGAGGAUAAGAUUAAAGAAACAUGGAAAAGUUAUUCUAAUAAGCUAUUCAAUGGAAGUCAUGUUGAUGAUUGGGAUGCUUUACUAGUUCCAUUAAGGACAAAAAUAUUAAGUAUGCAUGUAGAAUUAAAUAUUUGUGGUAAAGGAGGCUUAAAAAUAUGAA